AUGUUUAAGAAGCUCCAAGCUUGUUAUGAAACUUACAUCAAAACCUUUUUUUCUUCUGUGAAGGAAGAGCCCUACAAUCCAACUGGCAGCAUUUUUCAUAAGCAAAAAAUUGUUAGAUAUGGCACCAACGUGAGGAACACACAACUAUCCUUGGAACAGAGAGCCCAAGCUGCAAAAAAUAUUGGACUGCUAGCGUACACAGGUGGGCCAAAUGCUGGAAUUUAUGCCUCAGAAUACAUCCAGGACUUAAUUGAUAUCUUGCACAUGCCAGAUACUUCAGCAAAUGUGAGGAUCCUGGUGCUCCAAGGGCUGUGCGGUAUUUGCUAUAUAAAUUACAGUAACCAAAACAAGGUAAAAGAUCUGAAUCUUGCUGAUGUUCUUUUUGUUUGUCUCACUGAAGAUGAAAAUUCAUCCCCAGCUAGCAACCAUAUUACCGUGGUUAAGUUCUGGGUUUGUUACCUUCUGACUGUCCUUUGUUGCAACAAUAUCCCAUACAUCAGAAUACUCCGUGAACUGGGAGGUCAAAUGCUGGAAACAAAGCUGAAAAGCCUGUCUCACAUGGAAUGGUCUGGCUGGCCUGAUAAUUAUGCAGAAGUACUGUUUUCCCUUUUGGGGUUUCACAAAGGUCAACUUACUUCUGCUAUUUAA